AAUAAUUAUAAUGACAGGUGAACGAGAAAAUAUGGGACAGAAUGAGAUAAAACAGAUAUGACUCGCCUGCCACCUCAAUCCUCACACAGGCUCACACAGACUCAGUGUUCACGCCGCUGACUGGUGAUCAGCUCACGUCACCACACCAGCAGACUCAAUGGAGCAGCAAGGGGUAAUGUUGUCAUCGGCCAGGCAAGACAACAGCCUAGAUGCACUGGAGAAUGAAGUGAUGGAGCUGGAGGGGGAAAAGAGACGGUUACAGAAACGACUACAGGAGACCAAGGAGGUGCUGGUGUGCCGUGUAUGUUUGGACCGCCCAGUGGCAGCUGUUUUCAUGCCAUGUGCACACCUCAGCACCUGCGACACAUGCUCCGCUUCACUCACCACCUGCCCACUCUGCCGCUCUCCUAUUCACUAUGCUGCCCCAGUCAUCCUAUAAUCAUGCAUCUUGAAGCUGGACAGUGCAUGUAUUAUAAGGUGUUCUUUUUGUUGGAGUGUGGUGGGACAACACUAACAUCAAAGAUGGUAUCGAUCAUUCCCUAUAGCUAUUUACAAUGCUUCUUUCUUGGGUAUUCUCAUGAAGUUGUCAUGAUUAUAACUGUGGGUUCUAGUUAGGUAGCUGCUGUCUAGCUGACAAAGAGCAUAAAACAGUCCCAAGA